GUUCAAGACCAGUUUAUUGUUUCUAUGUACAGAAAAGUGAAUUUUACUGCAAGUCUGCGCAGCUUUAAAAUUUCGAACACCCUAACCUAACCACUACUCGGCCGCAAACGAAACCUAAACGACGACGUUUCUCUGUUCAUCUUCAAGCUUCACCUCUCUCUAUUGAGGAACAAUGAGAAGACCUAAAUCCAAACAGUUUCGUAAACAACAACGCCUCUCAGAAGAAGAUGAUAUCAAGCAGUUGAAUUCAUGGAUUCAGUUCCAGAAACCAGAUUCCGGUUCGAACCCAAUGUCUCUACCACCUCUCCCCAAAAACUCCCCUGUCGGUCACCUCGGCGACAAUACGUUCUCCCGCUACGCCGGCGUCGUGAGGUUUGAGCAGUUGCCACUGUCGAAGAAAACCAAAGACGCAUUGCGAAGCUCCAAGUUCGUUUCCAUGACUGAUAUUCAAAGAGCUUCUCUUCCUCAUGCACUCUGUGGCCGUGAUGUUCUCGGUGCCGCUAAAACUGGCUCCGGGAAAACACUUGCUUUCAUUAUCCCAGUGUUGGAGAAAUUGUAUAGAGAGAGAUGGGGACCGGAAGAUGGGGUUGGGAGCAUAAUAAUAUCACCUACAAGAGAAUUAGCUGGUCAGAUAUUCGAGGUGUUGAAUUCUGUUGGGAAGUACCAUGGUUUUAGUGCUGGUCUCCUCAUUGGUGGUCGUAAGGAUGUUGACACUGAGAAAGAACGUGUCAACGAGCUCAACAUUUUGAUCUGCACACCUGGUCGCCUUCUACAACACAUGGAUGAAACUCCUAAUUUUGAUUGUUCACAGAUGCAGGUUUUGGUACUAGAUGAGGCUGAUCGUAUUCUUGACAGUGGAUUCAAGAAGGAACUAAAUGCAAUCAUCUCACAGUUACCAAAACGUAGGCAAACUAUGCUUUUCUCAGCAACUCAAACGAAAUCAGUUCAAGAUCUUGCAAGACUAAGUUUGAAGGACCCAGAGUAUCUGAGUGUACAUGAAGAGUCUGUGGCUGCCACUCCUACUCUCUUGAAGCAAAUUGUGAUGAUUGUUCCUCUGGAUCAAAAGUUAGAUAUGCUGUGGACUUUCAUAAAGACUCAUCUACAGUUCAAAACAAUUGUCUUUCUAUCAAGCUGUAAACAGGUAAAUUAUGUCUAUGAAGCAUUUAGAAAACUUCACCCUGGCAUACCGUUGAAGUGCCUCCAUGGGAGGAUGAAACAGGAAAAAAGAAUGGCAAUAUAUUCCGAGUUCUGUGAGAAUCGCUCAGUUCUCUUCUCAACUGAUGUAGCUGCAAGAGGCCUUGAUUUUAAUAAAGCAGUUGACUGGGUUGUUCAGGUAGAUUGUCCUGAAAAUGUAGCAUCUUACAUACAUAGAGUUGGCCGUACUGCUCGUUAUAAAUCUGAUGGAAAGUCAGUUUUGUUUCUAUUGCCUUCAGAAACUCAAAUGCUUGAAAAGUUAGAAGCAGCAAAGGUUCCAGUGCAUUUAGUCAAGCCAAAGAAAGAAAAACUGCAACCAGUGUCCAGCUUGUUGGCAUCUUUACUAGUCAAAUACCCAGAACUUCAGCAGCGAGCCCAAAGGGCAUUUGUCACCUACUUGAGAUCCAUCCAUCUCCAAAAGGAUAAAGAGAUUUUUGAUAUUUUGAAACUUCCUAUUGAUGAGUAUUCAGCAUCAUUAGGUCUACCGAUGACCCCCAAAAUUCGUUUUAUAAACCAGAAACUUAAAUCUAAAGCUGUGUCAACAAAAUCAAAUUUAGCUGAACCAGUGGAUCCAAACCAGGAAAAUGUCUUAGAAGGUUCUAGAGAAAAGCUAGACAAAAUUGUUUUCAAAGACGAGGAAAUUGAAAACGAUCUUCUUCAAGCAGCUGAUACCUCAAAAGAAGAUGACACGAAGUCAGCUGAUAUUGGAGAAUUAAUACCAGCAACUCGUUUAUUAAAGAAAAAAAAGCUCAAGAUUAACUUGCAUAGACCACUAGGGAGUCGAGUUGUAUUCGAUGAUGAAGGCAACACACUUCCUCCACUAGCCAGGAUUGCUGGCACACAAAGUGUCAAGGAUUCAUUGCUAAUUGAUCCAGAACAAAAAGCUGAAUACUAUAAAAGGAUGCGAGAGGAUUUGAAGAAGGCAGAUAAGGAAGAUAAACUUGUAGAGCGUCAGCGACUUAGAGAAAAAAGAAUCAAGCAGAAAAUGAAACGGAAGGCUGAUAAUAUGGAAGAAGAGGACAACCAAGAUAAUAUCUCUGGGUCAGAAGAAGACGAAACUGUAAAUAAACGCCGCCAUAAAAAGAGUAAAAUAUACUUUGAUAGUGACAGUGACGAGGGUGAAAGAAAAGAAGUCACAGGUAAUCAAGGUAUUACUUUGCAGGAGCAAGAAGCUUUGGCUUUGAAGCUGUUGCAAUCCAUGCAAGCAUAGGAUGCAGAUAUAUGACGUUUAAUCACGUCAACAAUAUGAAAAAUAGAGGAAAUUUUGAUCGCAUUAGAGAAGUUUAAUGAACAAUGAAUUUUGCAGCAUUCAAUGGCAGUAAGCGAAUUAAGUUGUUAACCAUUAAAUUUAUUAUUAGCAAAGCCAAUGGCCUAGAAGAGUUACUACCAGCUACUUUUGUCUGGUUACAGUUUUGAAUUUUAUGGAUGAGUUAUACAGUUUCUUUUUUUUCGAUGUUAAAGUUGAGGAUAUGGCCGAAGACACUGAUGAUGAAUGUAACUGAGAACUUAGAUUAUUGGUCGUGUAAUCAUAGGUUUAUGUGGAAAUUUGUAUUUGGGUCCAGUAAAAAAUACUACUAUUUUUAUUGUUUAAUGUCAAAAGCACUUGUUCUA